UCAAGCGGUGUCGCGGAGAGAAAAUGGAGGGCGGCGAGUGUGGGAUCCCCUUCCCUGAGAGCGGGCGGGAGCCCUGAGGGAGGAUGAGCGGGCGGCAAAGCACUUUACCUCAGGCAUGGCGGGCGGCGGCCAGCGGAAAGGCACCGGAGGAGAAGCGUACGAACGAGGAGGAGAUAGACGAUGACUUGCUGUUGGCGGCUGCCGCCGAGGAGGACCCAACCCCGGCGGGGGACCCCAUCCCGGCAGCGGGUUUCAGCGAGGCGGCGGGGUCCAUUUGGAUCUACCCCACCAACUACCCGGUGCGCGGCUACCAGCUGCGGAUGGCCCGCUCCGCCCUGCUGGGCAACACGCUGCUCUGCCUCCCCACCGGCCUGGGAAAGACUUUCGUGGCCGCCGUCGUCAUGUACAACUUCUACCGCUGGUUCCCCUCCGGCAAAGUGCUCUUCCUCGCUCCCACCAAGCCGCUGGUGGCUCAGCAGAUGGAAGCCUGCGGACGCGUUAUGGGGAUCCCGGCCCGGCACAUGGCGGAGAUGACGGGGGGAACCCAAGCCCUGAGUCGAAGGGAAUUGUGGAAUACCAAGAGAGUCUUUUUCCUUACUCCUCAAAUAAUGGUGAAUGAUCUUUCUCGUGGGACAUGUCCUGCUGUAGAAAUUAAAUGUUUGGUUAUUGAUGAAGCCCACAAAGCCCUUGGAAACCAUGCCUAUUGUCAGGUUGUGAGGGAGCUGAGCAAAUACACCAGUCAGUUUCGGAUCCUGGCCCUAAGUGCCACCCCAGGCAGUGAUACAAAGGCUGUGCAGCAAGUUAUUUCAAACUUGCUCAUUGCUCAGAUCGAGCUGUGUGCUGAAGAUUCUCCAGAAAUUCAGCCUUAUUCUCAUGAGAGACAGGUGGAGAAAAUUGUUGUUCCACUUGGGGAAGAGCUGGUAGAAAUCCAGAACACUUAUAUCCGGGUGCUGGAAACAUUUGCUGGACGUCUGAUUAAAAUUGGAGCUUUAAUAAGGAGGGAUAUUCCCAGCCUGACAAAGUACCAGAUAAUUCUAGCAAGAGAUCAAUAUAGAAAAAACCCAUCUUCACAAAAUGUGGGAAUCCACCAAGGCAUAGUUGAAGGAGAUUUUGCACUCUGUAUCAGUUUGUAUCAUGGUUAUGAGCUGCUGCUGCAAAUGGGCCUUCGGUCACUCUUCAUCUACCUCUCUGGGAUUAUGGAUGGAUCAAAAGGGUUAACCCGUACAAAGAAUGAACUUGGUCGUAAUGAGGACUUCAUGAAGCUCUAUCAGCAGCUUGGAGACAUGUUUGCUGGCACACCUCUGCCUUCAGAGUGUGGAAAUGUGUACAAGAGUAAAACAGUGUGUGAGAAGAAAGUGGAGUUUAUCUACAGCCAUCCAAAGUUAAAGAAAUUGGAGGAAAUUGUAAUAGAACACUUCAAAUCCUGGAAAAAGGGAUGCCCAGCUGAGAGCACCCUGGGGGGCUCAGAGGACACCCGGGUGAUGAUCUUCUCCUCGUUUCGAGACAGUGUGCAAGAAAUUGCUGAAAUGCUGUCCAGGCUCAGCCCAGCUGUCAGAGUCAUGACUUUUGUUGGCCACUCCACAGGGAAGAGCACCAAAGGCUUCACCCAAAAGGAGCAACUUGAGGUGGUGAAACGGUUCCGGGAAGGUGGGUACAACACUCUGGUCUCCACCUGUGUUGGAGAGGAAGGGUUGGACAUUGGAGAAGUUGAUCUCAUCAUCUGCUUCGAUGCCCAGAAAAGCCCCAUCCGGCUGGUGCAGCGGAUGGGACGCACGGGGCGGCGGCGGCAGGGCCGGAUCGUGGUCAUCCUCACCCAGGGCAGGGAGGAACGGACUUACAACCAAAGCCAGUCUAACAAAAGGAGCAUCCACAAAGCUCUCUCAGGAAACAAAACCCUUCGUUUCUACCAGCACAGCCCACGGAUGCUUCCAGAAGGCAUAAACCCAAAGCUGCAUAAAAUGUUUAUUACUGCUGAAAAAUAUGAACCAAGCAAUUCAAGAAUGCUUUCCAAAGAGAGAAGACCUAGUUCCCUCCAGCACAAAUCUGCUCUCUUUUCCUGUGUCACUGGUCAAAAGCAGUUACACUCUCAUGAGAAGUGGUCUCUGUCACCUGAAGAAUUUGAAAUAUGGGACAGACUGUACAGGAUUAAGGAAAGUGAUGGAAUAAAGACACCAACAUUGCCUCAAGUUUGGUUUGAAACUAUAGAAAACCUGGAAGAAAGAUCAAAGCAUGAAGAGGAGACAGCUCAUGAGCUUUCCUUGUCUAAAUGGAGGAUUUGGCAGAAUCAAUCUUUCCCCACGUUCAUGGUUGAUCACUCAGAUCGCUGCUACCAUUUUACCAGUGUUAUGGAAAUGAUAGAACUGAUGAGACAUGAACAGGGAGACUGCAGCUAUCAACUGGAGAUCCAGCCUCACUUAUGCCUGGAAGAUGUUCAUGUUCAGAGGAAUAAAAGUCAUCUUUCCAUGGCCAGCCCUGCCUGGGCUCACACACCACACUCAUCUAGAAAAGACAUGAUGGCACACAGGUCAAAAGUAAAACCAGUUUUACCUGAUACAAAUAACAAUGGAAGUGACUUCUUUUCCACAUUCAAAAUAACAAAACCAAAGUCUUCCAAAAUAACUUCUGGAUUUAAUUUGGAAGUGUUGCCUACAGAUAUUAAUGCUUCAGCUUCUGACUCAGCAAGAAGGCUUGCUCUGCCUGAAGCUGCUGACCAGGGCAGUCAAAAGGAUGAGGAACUAGAGGUUACAUUUGACUUAACUGAAUGUAUUGACCUGUGUGACAACAGUGACAGGACUGUAGUUCAUGAAAGUGCAGCAAUAAAGGAAUCCAGAACUGCAGAUAAAGCUUGUAGGUCACUGGGGACAAACCAUGCAGAUUCAGGUUAUAGUAGCUUCACAGCUGAGAAAUCACCUAUGUCCCCUGACUUAUUUUAUCUGCCUGAAUCAUACGUGGAUUCAUUUGCAUUUGUGAGCCCAUCUGGGGAGCCUUCCAGGUUAAAACAAAUGCCUUCCCAUGUGAAAAAGCUUUUAUCACAAUCUCCUCCCUCUUUGAAUGAACUUAAUGGUUUUGAAAACAUGAUGAGAGAUGAAGAAACAGCACAUCCUUCUCAAAAAGUUAUUACUGACAGUUAUUCAGAGGGACUGCAGGACAAAGUCUUCUCUGCAUCCUCAGAAGCUGAUUCUUCACUGCUGCUCUUUGAAAAGCCUCAGCUGAAAGUCACCAGUGAAUUGUGUACUUCUGGAGGUACCUGCUUUUCAAAAACUGUGUCAUCCUCUGAGACUUCUGGUGCUAAAGCCAAGGAGGAAACCCACUGGAAUGACAGCUCUGAUAGUCUGUUUGACAGUGAAGAAUUCACUGAGAUUCAAAAGAAAACUCCACCAAUAAAUCACACUCUGACAAAUAACCCUUCAACAAAGUACUUUGUUCAAAAAGAUAAAGGAAAUCUUGGCAUGAACAAGAGAACUGUGGUUGUUGAUGAAAAAAAGAGUCUGCCUUUAUUUGAAGAUGGCACAAAUGGUGGAAGUUUUUCUGUGAGCAGGAAGUGUUCAGCCAGGUCAGAUUCAGGUGAGAGGGCUCAGCCAGCUCCAGAGCAAGGUUCUGAGUGGUUUCCUGCAGAGGUGAACACUGACAAAACCUGCCAGGAACAGGCAGUGAGCAGCAAAACCCCAGCCAUGGAAACCUCAGGUGCUAUUGGUGUGACCCAGCAGCUUCUGGAUGAUGAAGACUUUUAUGACUGCUCUCAAGAACUGUUUUCUGUUAACUUUGAUCUGGGAUUUUCCAUUGAAGAGUGUGAGGAUGACCUCUCUGAAGAACCUAUAAACACUAAAACUGGGAAAUCAAAUGGUGCCUCUGGGAGUCAAGGAGAUGCUAAACCCACUGAAGAUAAAAAAAAAAUCCUGAAUGAUAGCUCCAGACAUGACACAGCACCAGAAUGGGAUUGGAAAAGUCCUAAGGGAAGAGCCAUUUCCACACCAUUGCCAGUCCAGAGUAGGAACAUGAAUGAUGCUGAAGGGACUGAGGAUGCUACCCCUAAAAUGCCUUUCCUGAGGUCAGGAGACAAAAGAAGGGGAUGUGGAUCUCCUGAAGCUUUGGCUUCUGCUCUUUCCACCCCAAAAAGCAGAGGGGUGAAAAAUAUUAAAGCUAUCAAAAGACUUCCUAUGGAUUUCUUCUCUAAUGCCAAGGAUGAAGCUCCAGAGGUGCCUCUUGCAGAUAAAGUAAAUGCAAACCCACACAGAAAGUUUGGGAGUUCAGCUGUGGAUGCACUUGGUUCCCCUUUGGGAAGAACUGAAAACCUGGAAGACCCCAACCCUGCUGGUUCCCCUGUGUUUCCAGCUGAAGGAACCAGCAGCGAGAGCGAAGAGGAGAUCGUUUUCCAGAGGAAAAAUAGGAAGAGGAAGAAUGUUUUGAAGUCUCCUGAUGUUCAGAGUGACACCGAUUUCGAGUCGCCGAUCCGUGCUGCCAGGAAACGCAGACACCCCCUGAACGUGUCAGACAUGUCCAGUGAUGACAGCAUGGAUUUUCACAAGAACUCCUGCAGGCCCACAAAAAGCAGCUCAGCAGCCUGCAGCAAACAGCAGCUGAGGAGCAGGACAUGGCAGGAGGUGAGGAGCAGUUCUGCACUCAGGAAUGCAGGAAGACAGUUUUUAGAUGAAGAAGCUGAGCUGUCCCAGGAAGGGGCUGAUGCUGUUUCAUCUGACGAGAGCGACGAUGCAGAGGAGAUGAACUCCUCCCUUGCUCAGUUCCUGGAUGAUGAUGUGGAGAUCACACAAGUGUUAAAUGACAGUGAGAUGAAAGGAGUUUACCUGAAGUCUGUGCAUAGCCCAGCUCUGGGCAGCAGAUACAAAAUGGUUCAUCGUGAAUUCAGCAGCAUGGACAUUUUCUCACAGAUUCCUGAGCAAGACCAGAGUUAUGCAGAAGACAGUUUCUGUGUUGGAGAGGAGGAAGAGGAGACUUGCAAAAAAAGUGAAUCUAGUGAGGAGGAGGAGGAAGUGUGUGUUAAUUUUGAUCUCCUAAAUAAUGAGAGUUUUACAAGUGGAAGAAAACAGUACCUGACCCGCCGCAGAAAGCAAUUAAACCAUGCCAGGAUGGGGGAGAAAGGGCUAAAGAAGAAACCAUCCCGAAUUAUUGUUCUCAGUGACUCCAGUGAGGAAGAAACAAACAUCAGCAAUGAGAGGCCCCUGGGAACAGACCCUCCAGGGGCAGAGCAGGGGAGUCCUAAGGUACUCAAGGCAUUGCCUUCAGCUGCUUCUGCCCAGCACAGGGAGACUGCUGGGGAAACAAGUGUUCAUCAGUCUGUGAGCAGUAAGACUGAGCUGCUUCUGGGGUUGAAAGCUUCUGUGUCUGAAAUGCUGGAUUUUCACCCAGAGCAUCCAGUCAGGAGCACACACCACCCACCUGCUGCUGCAGGGAAGGAGGAUCUGCAGCAUCCCCCUGAGGUGGGAAGCUCUCUGAACAACACCUGCAGGAGACCUUCAGUUCCCCUCAGCUCUGCUUCCACAAACCCUUCUCCAGCUCCAGCUCCGUUUCCACGGCUCCCAGAGAGCAGCCCUUCCCUCUGCAUCCUGGCAGACACCCGGGAGAUCUCCUCUGGGCCCCAGGUGCUUUCUUCCCUGAGGGCCCUUCACGGGGUGAGGGUGCAGGUCUGCUCCCUGGGCAGCAGCCACUACAUCCUCAGCACCCGGCUGGCCGUGGAGAGGAGGCUCCUCUCAGAACUCCUCAGCUCUGCCCACAGGAACAAAGUCACCCAGCGGAUCCAGCGCCUGCGGAGCGUCUGUGAGAGGAUUUGUGUGAUUGUGGAGAAGGACAGGGUGAAACCAGGAGAAACAACACGAUUUUUCCAGAGGACUCAGUACUAUGACACUCUGCUCUCAGCCUUGCUCCACGCUGGGGUCCGAAUUCUUUUCAGUUCUUGCCAGGAGGAAACUGCUGGUUUGCUGAAAGACCUGGCUUUGGUGGAGCAGAGGAAAAACACUGCCAUUUGUGUGCCAACAGAGCUGGAGGGUCACCAGCAGGAGAUGCUCAACUUCUACUUGAGCAUUCCCAACCUCAGCUACCUGGCUGCUCUCAACAUGUGCCACCACUUUGGCUCAGUGAAGAAGAUGGUCAACAGCUCCCCUCUGGACAUUGCUGCUGGGGCCCGGGUCAGCCAGCAGAAGGCAGAGGAGAUCUACAGCUACCUGCACCAUGGCUGUGAUCUGCAGAUGCUGCCUGAGAGGAGCCAUGCAGCUGCCAAGAGCUGA